CCCCGUUUGCGUUGGGUGUGCAUUUUCUAAAAUGUUUUAGCAUCAGAUGCGAGUUUGAACGAAUAAAUAAAGGUUUUUAUAUAUUGAUCAGUAUAUAGCAUUGGUUUUAUCUCUCAGCUUCAACAAGAAUGUACUCUGCUUCCGUUAACUGGUGCGUUUUACCCCAGAAACCCCUAACAGUUUUGAUAUAUCAUUUGAAAGAGAUACGUUUUCUGAACAAAACGUGAAUUUUGAAAAAAGUUUGUCGUUGUUUGUGCUCAUGUACGGUAUAUGAGCUAACUGUCAUUUACCGUCUGUUAUCGUUAUCGACGAUGACGCUUACGUCUUCAGACAUUAUCGUCAUUGUCAAUGACGAUAGCUACUGUACGGUAUCGAAUCAAUAACGUUUGUUUAUUACCAUCCACUGCAAUACCAUUUUUUGCUUUUUUAGUUAUAUCAUUUAGAUACAUUUCAAUGCAAAUAUGAAAUUGCUACAUACCUUACUAUUCGAAUUUGUGCUUUAAAAAGUGCCUCAUAAGCUAGAACAAUCAAAACUGAGGAAUUUAUUUUCCUGAUGAGAAGCGAAACAUAAACAAAUAAGGAUAAGUUUCUUCCUGUUGCCUAGUGAUGUUUCGUCACCAAUCCUCCGAAGUGAAAAAACGUUUCACACCCCGUGCCUGCUUUGAUCAAGUCGUACACCAUUCGCUACCACAGCAGACAAAACUGGCAUAAGGCGUUAGUGAGCUGAUAACGUCUGGUGACUAUCGUUAUCGCCGAUAUCGUUAAUGUUUGAAGACGGUUAUCGGUCGGUACGUUAUCGGUAACGGCGAUGCCGAUUAUCGACGAUAAUCUAUCGUAUUAAAAACCUUGAUGGUCACAAUAUAUGGACAAGGGGUAACAUGACGAAAAAAUGCAUUUUUCUUCUUGAAAUUUUCAAUGUUCAGGGUCACUCUACUCUCCUCAACAUCGCUAGAAAAAAAAAUCCGAAUAUAGCGUUUUGUUGAGCAAUUCAAGAGCUUUAAUUUCAUGUAUAAGCCAAGUGCGCCAAAUAGGGUAAAACGGCCUAAGAAAGUUUUUUUCCAAAAACUGUCAAAACCACUAAAAUCUCAAUAUUUCCUGCUAGACUUAAUAGAUCUUGCUGAAAGUUUGAAUAAUCACUCUUCCUUACUAGAUUUACCUACUUUACCAGAAGAUACGCAAUGCCCUCAAAAUCAUCAAAACUGCAAGAGCUCGGGUUAGACCGGAUAGAUUUACUCAAAAUUUAGAUUAUUACUCUAGUUGAAUAAGAAAUUUGAGGGUAAGAUGACAAGAGUACAAAAGUGACAAAUAUGUUAAUUUACAUGACGAAAAAAAAAUAUUUUUUUUGGAAAAUACUUUCUCUACACAACCCGAAGUAAGCAUUUUAUAAAACAACUAAAGCAAAGCCCUGGUGUGCACCAUUCCGAUUCGAAACUCGACCUUCUGUUUAUUAUACACAGACUUCGCAGCCAACUGUUAAGUGUACAGGACAAUUGCGGGGCUAGCGCUACGAUCCUACUGAGACUAACAGUCUCUUCCGAGUCAAAACGAACCUCGACGACUGGCUUGUUAGGCCAGCAUCGUACCUCGAGACCAGCUGGGAGAGUAAAUCUAUCAAGUCUAACCCAAGUUCCUGCAGUUUUAGUAAUUUUGAUGGUAUUUUUCAAAGAAAAAUUCCUUCAAGGAGCGUUUUACCCCAAGUGGCGUAUCUUCUGGUAAAGUAGGUCGUUCUGGCAAGGGAGAGUGAUUAUCCCAAUUUUCAGCAAAAUCUAUUAGGUCUAGUGGGAAAUAUUGUGAUUCUAGUGAUCUUGACGGAUUUUAAAAAAACCUUCUGGAGCCGUUUUACCCCAUUUGGCGCACUUGGCUUAUACAUGAAAUUAAAGCUCUUAAGUUGCGCUACGAAACGCUAUAUUCAGACAUUUUUUCUAGCGAUGUUUAGAAGAGUAAGAUGAUCCUGAACGACAAUUUUUGACUUUCUACCUUGAAUAGACAAACAAACGCUGAAAAUUCCUGCUCAAUCGGAGAACAUCAAAACCAAUCACCAACCAAGUGAAACCAAUCAGCCUCAAAUUUUUUUUCCACAGAAAUGAUUUUUUGUUACGCCACUGCAUCAUUCAAGUAAUAAUGAGAGAAAAUAGUUAUUUUACGUUCGUUAAGGCAGUUUUGUAAAAAAAAUAGUGAUUCGAUUUUCAACAUUUGCAACAAUCGAUUGGACAGUUUGUUACGCGUUGUACUAUUGAAGAAUGUCAAGACAUGUUUCAAAUGUUGAUUUCGAUCAAUGAGAGCUGUAAACAAGGUUAAAUACGUGCCAAUAUGGGUAUUUUUGGAAACUGAAUGAUAUCUAGAGACCUGCAAUCGACCUUAGUCGCCGUUUUGAAUUUCGAGAUGGUGUCUCCCGGCUUCUAGAAAAUGGUCAAAAUGGCCGAAAGCCACCCAAUAUAAUUCUCGGAAUCAAGAUGAGAGGGCGGAAAUCGACUCCAGGCAUCAUUUUGGAACACGAUACGGUGUUACUUUCGAUUUCCGAUCAAUAGCAAAAAAUGGUCCCCGUGGCUCUGUGGUUAGCGAUGUCGGUCGGCUAGCUCUCCCACACGGUCGUGAUAUCGGGUUCGAUUCCCUAUCGAGUCGAGCAUCUUUUCGAGCUGGAAAUUUUCUCGACUCAGCACUGGGGCACGGUGUAUCGUUGUACUUAUCCUACACAUGCAAAAUGCGCCAAAAACAAUAUCGAUAACGAAUUCUCUCAACUAAUCUAGUUGAUCGAGACCGCUAUUAGCCCAAGGCUAAGCGUGCGAUAAAAAAAGCCAUUUUGAAAUCCACAACGGCGACUUCCGGUUCCCAUAAAACAGUUUGAGAUGCCCAACUACCACCCAACACGGGUAUUUUCGUAACUUAGAUGAUUGACAUAGGGCAAAAAACGCCCCCAGAAGUUAUUUUAAAAUCAAGGAGGCAACUUCCGGUUUUCGGAAAACAGCCAUAUUGGAUGGUUUUUGUCCAUUUUGGUUAUAUCCGGAACCAAAAUGCGCCCAGAAAUCGGCCCCAUUUUCAAAAUUCAAGGUAGUAACGGUAGAACAAACCUUCAAUUCCAAAUUAAAAUCUUGCGCAACUUAUUUUUCUAUACUUGUUUGUUUAUUCUAGUGAUGUAACUCAUUUACAAACCUCAUAGGAAAAACUCAGCUCCACAUCGCGCUGAUUUCCUGAUACUCUUGGGUACUUGCUUUAUAGCUUCCUGAAUUCCGGAUGUUUCAAUUGUUUUGAGCUCCUUCUUGAUUUUUCUCUCAAACAAUCGACGUUUUUUGCUCUAUAACCUUUAUGGUAGACCAUUCGCUUCAAAUUUGCUCGGAAAAUUUCAAUAGACUGCAGCAGUGGCACAUUUUGAGGAUUGUUUUCUUUCGGAAUAAAUCCGAUAUUGCCUUGCCGCAAAUCCGCUAAAGUUGCAUUAGCAUAGUUUGACAAUGCAAGGUCUGGCCAAAACACUACUUUGUCAUUUUUAUAGUGCUUAUAUUUAUAGUUUUAAACCCGUUUUAUGCAGAUACUAGUUCAUCGUUUUUUAAUCAAUCGGAUAUUUAUUGUCCAGCUCACGAUAUGUUUACGCCGACCGACCAGGCGUUUCCACCCUUAAUUUCCCUCGAACUUUGCUCUCUUGCAAAGGCAUUUUCGUCCGUUACCAGAUUUUUUUUGAAGGUAUUUCCAUUUUCGAAGAGUUUUUCAUUAAUUUAUAUAAAUGUUUUUUUCUAUAUCCAAGAUCUUGUGAAUAGUGGAACACUUCACUUUAAGAUUUUUCUUCAUUUCGCUCACAAAAAUUGCAAAUCAAUUUACGACGAUCUUCUUUCGGCCACGCCUUUUUCCCAACUAAGCGUCACUUGACAGUAUCGACUAGUGUUACCAGUUAUAUAAAAGUGGAUCUUCAUUUUGUGGAAAAGUAUUUUUCGAUUUGUGCAGCACCUUGAAAUCGUAGACCAAUUUAAAAGUUGUUCGGAUUUCUUCCUCACACGUUAACGGUGUCUGGGAAGCAGUCAGAAAUGAUAAAAUACCACCUAAUAUAAGUACCGAUUGUGCCAGCGGGGGUGAGAUUGUGCCAUAUGUCAUCCAUCUCAUGACGAUCAUAAGACCAAGCUCUCUUAAAUAAAGUUGGCAAAGAUGGCUGACAAGUUACGGGUUGGAUAGUAUAAUUCCAUAACCGGGAAGAUAUCCAGAGGCCGAAAAUUGACUCUAGAUGCUAUUUUGAAUUUUUUCAGGGUAACCACAAUAUUUCUAGAAAGUUAUUUAAUUAGUUUAAUUAGCCUAAAUAGCUCAUUUAAAUUAAGUUAAAUUGGGAUCAUACUGAUACUGCUGAUUUUGCUAAUUCUAAAACAACAUUUUUAAUACUGUUUUCUCGAAUGCAUUCGUUAGAAUUUUGAUAGAAAUUAGAACAUUGUAGAAACAUGAUUUAAGAAAACAGAUUUUGGAGAUGGUCGAGUUUGUUUUUUUUUUCAAACCCGUACCCGAUUUUUUUUUCGGUUGAAACCCGAACCCGAAACUUUUUUUUUAUCAAACCCGUACCCGACUCGUACCCGAAAAUUUUAUUUUUGUGAAACCCGAACCAGACAUUUUUUCGGGGUCGAUUUCUUAAACCAAUUUGAGGCUGUUCUGAAGCUUUGAGCUUGCAUGAUAUUAGACAUCAUUAUCUUAUAAAUAUGCUUAUUUGAUAUGGUCGGAUUUUCAAACCCAAGCUGGCCUAACAAGCCAGUCGUCAUAGGUUCGAGUCUCGGCUUGGAAAAGACUGUUAAUGUCAGUUAGAUUGUAGCGCAAGCCCCGCAAUUGUCCUGUAUAUUGACUAGUUGAUUGUAUAUUGACUAGGCUGCGAAGUCUGUGUAUAAUAAACAAAUGGUCAAGUUCCGUAUCGGAUCGGAAUAGAACUCUAUACCAGUGCUGAUAAAAGUCAUUUUCCCCAGCAAAAUUCUUCGAAAAUUACAGCCAAUCAUUUUCAAUUUUCACUUCCAAUGAUCGCAGCACUCUUUCAGAUACACUAGAUUUUCGUCCUAGUAACGUGCUGUUAUACUCAGAUGAAAUAGAUCGCGCGCAUCGUUCACGGUUACAGAAUAAAAUUUGACGAUAAAUCCAACCAAAUGAUCUUCACUUCAAAGCGAAAAAGAAAAACAAACAGUCCACUCAACCAAAAUAAACCUCACCGAAACACUUUUUCACUGACACUGACCGAUGCCUUGACAAUCUUCGUUAACUGAUAAACUGAUUUUGUUGUCUUGCUUUUAUCGCAUGAAAUAUAAUUCACUUCCAUGCAAAAAGCGGGGAGGGAGAACUCUGAAGGGAUUGUAAAAUAAUAACGUUUAUGGAUGCUUUUUUUCACUUUCACUCAAGAGUGUCAACAAAUAUCAACCCUGCUCUAUACAAUUCACAAAUGAUUAGCCAAUUACGCUAGAGAGUUAAAUAAUUAAACUAUAAAGAUUGGCUAAUCACUAGCCAAGAUUAAUUUCAUCACCGUUUGAAAAAGUAAUGGGUUACUUAACUUGCAUACUGCGGAGCAGUGAAAACAUUGUUAUUUACCUAUUUCCGGUACUGUACAUAUAAAAGUAAAAGACACGCCGAAAUGAUUAUAUCGCUACCGCCGCUAGGUAGAUAGGGAACAUAGAAAUUUUCUCACAUUACCUCAAUUACGAAUAUAACUGCAUUAUAAUUUAUUUAACAUGUGGGGGCUCGAUUCUGUAACUCAGUUGUGCAAAUGUACAAGACAGUUGUGGGCUUACGUGACAAGAUGCACCACCGCAAUCAAAUUAACGCGCCGGCAGCAGAGUGGGCCGCUCAACCCGAAGACACUUUACCGGACAUCUUACAAUUCCGUAAUAUGAAACCUUUUUGGUACCUUUUCCCUAAUGGAUGGGAUAGGAAAACAGUAAGCAAUAAAUUCGGAAUAGGUGCAACUUCGUGGUGUAGGAGAUGCUUAUAGUUGAUUGAUUGAUAAAUUUUGUAAUUGAAAUAACUUUAGAACGACAACUAAUCAUUUCAUCGGCCUGGCUGGUGUUGGCUUUGAGACUGAUCAUACAAUUUACAACAAUCGCAAUUAUUGCAGCUUGUCGGUUAUAGGGCCAAAAUCAAUUCGGUUGAAGCAACCGUAUACGGUUGUGGUUAGUAACAUGCUACCACACAGCGUUCGGCUCGAUAUGACGUUAGAAGGUACAAAUGGAGAUGAGACUCUACUCAGAGAAAGCACAGACGUCGUGGUAAAAAGCAGAACGGAGAAUACAACUUCCUUUCAGGUAGGAGAUAUUCCCUGGGGUACGUAUAAGCUUUCGAUGAGAAGCGUAGAAAGUGGUCUCAACUUCCAAGAUGUGAUAGAUCUAAGGUACGAUCCAAUGGAGAUCCACGCCUUGGUUCAAACCGAUAAGCCUGUCUACAGGCCGGGGGAUAAAAUACGCUUCCGCGUCGUUGUUAUCGACGGAGACUCCAAACCUGUGACCAGCAUCAGAACGGUGAAAAUAAAACUCCUCGACGCUAUUGGCAGAAUAUUUCGACAGUGGCCCUAUGCCAGGUUGAAAAAUGGAGUGUUCGAUUCUGAGGUACAAUUACCCGCGCUGCCGGUGAAUGGCAACUGGACUUUCUCUGUGAUGACGCCGGAAAAGUCCGUUGAGAAAAUCGUGCUCGUAGAGGAGUACGAAUUGCCACGAUUUUUCGUCCGAGUGUUUCCACCGGAAAUCCUUUUGAUACCGAAGAGAAAGAUUCGAAUAGCCGUGGAAGCGGUAGACGCAUUCGGCAUGCAGGUCGAGGGAACUGCACGAGUGGAUUUGUACCUAGAUAAACCGGGUGGAACACCGGAAUAUUCCAAAGUGAUGUCCACAGCCGGAAUAGCAGUCGCGCAGUUCGAUCUGCGUGAUGAACUUAAAAUUGAAAAUAGAAGUCACGGAUUUAAAAAUGUGCUAGUGAAGGCUCAAGUUACCGAAACUAACACUAAUCACACAGUUAAACAGGAGCAAACUAUACCAGUGUUUAUGCAUCCUUAUAAGAUAACAGCAAAACUCAUGCCACAGUUCUCGCCGCACGUGCCAUUUCCGGUGGAAAUUUUACUAAUAGAUCACUACGGAAAACCGGUUCCAAAUGGCCUAUAUGCUGAGAUAACGGUGAGCUACGAAGGACUCGGCUCGCUGAACGAAGCCGAGUUGGUGGAGCGUUUCGAUGAGCGAUUCGACAAGUAUGGGGUAGCUUCUUUCAUCCUGAGGCCUCCACUAAACGCAAUACGGAUGUUUAUCAUGGUAAACUACGCCUCAGUUGACUACGGAAUCGUUGGCAGUAGCGAGAUUGCCAAUUCGCAAGAUAAGCAAUUUAUUCGGGCAACAAUGCAACCAGGCACAAAAAUCAGUCCAGGUAGAAAAGUUACGCUGGAUGUUUGCUGCUCGGAAAAUAUGAAUCAAUUUUCCUAUGUGGUGGGCGCGAAAAAUACUAUGAUCACUUCCGGUACGAUUCCGGUAGAGAACAAACCCAGUUCCGAGCUUCAGCUCACUUUGAUGCCGGAAAUGUCACCCAAAGCCACCCUGCUGAUCUACCACAUCGGCAAUGAUUCACUGAUAUUCGAUGAAAUCGAUCUAAUUUUUGACACUUUCAGCAACGAUUUCGAUCUUCGCUUGGAUCGUUCAGACCUUCUGCCAGGUCAGGACGUUGUAGUCGAAGUGGAAGCCUCCAACGAUUCGUACAUAGCACUGGGGGCAAUCGAUCAGAAUGCAUUCCUGGUGGGCCCCGAAAGUCAUGAUUUCACGCGGCGUAACGUUCUUGACCUUUUGAAGAUGAUGGACUUUUUCAUAAGCACCACAACUGAUGUAAAAAUGAGCAGAACGAAUGCGACACGAAUCAAUACACUUCACACUCCGGUUCUCAAGUCGAAGUUGUUUGCAAAAAGUAAACUACACGAGACUAGUCUUUGGAAAGCUUUCCCAAUGAAUGGUGAAAGCAAAAUGUUGAACUCGAUGGACCAGCUGCCGGAUAAGGUUGCCCCGUGGUUACUAUCGGGUUUUGCACUGAGCCCUACUCUAGGCCUAGGGUUCAUGAGUGAACCGCAGAUGAUUAGCGUGCGGAAACUUUUCUAUGUCGUUGCAGAUCUACCGUACUCGGUCAAGCGAAAUACGCCGAUACACUUUUACGCGAUGGUUUAUAACUACCUGGAUAACACACUGGUGACGGAUGUGACGCUUUACAGUAAAAACAACGAGUUCGAAAUACUCGAGAGAAAAUCAGACGACGAUGCCUUCAAAACUAAAAUAAUCGCUAUACCACCCAACGGGAAAAAACCGGUGUCGUUCAUGAUCACACCGCGGACGCUGGGUGAGAUUACGGUUCGGAUCGAAGCGAAUAAUAUUCUUGCCUCAGACUCGACAGAACAGGUGGUGCGGGUCGUUCCGGAAGGUUAUCUAGUCGAAAAGAAGGAAGCGAAGUUCAUCGAGUUGAAUCGACGCGGCAGACUGAACUAUGAACUCAAUAUCGACAUUCCGCGAAAUAUCGACGAGGGUUCGGCCAACGUGAAGCUGAUGCUGUAUGGUGACAUACUAGGGCCUCCGAUUAUGCACAUGGAAGCGCUCAUCCGACCACCGGCUGGCUCCGGGGAGGAAAAUAUGUUAAUUUUUGCCUACAAUGUUGCAGUACUGGAUUAUCUCACAGAGACGGGAACGCUGAAAGAUGACACUGGACAGCUGGUUAUUUAUUACCUCGAGAAUGGUUACCAGAAGCAACAAGACUUCAAACAGAGAGACGGAUCGUUCAGUGAUGCAGGUUCUGCGGAUCUCAUAGGAAGCACACUGCUGACAGCCUUUGCCGCGAAAUGGUUUAGCAAGGCUAGCAAAUUUAUCGAAGUGGACAAAGCAAUGGUAUCUUCAGCUUUCCGGUGGUUGGCGAGUGCACAGAAGUCGAACGGUCGAGCAGUUGAGUUUGGAAAAAUCAACAACCCAGAUAUGAAGGGUGAUUUGUUGACGGGUAAAUAUGCGCUCACUGCUUAUGUGUUGGCUGCGUUUCUAGAGAAUGAGGAUGCUGCUGCUGAGCACCGGUUGACCACAGCAAAAAUGAUGAACUAUCUCGCGAAAAAAAUGAACAACAUCAACGAUCUGCAUGACUUAGCGAUCACAACGUAUGCCGUAUCACUGGGAAAGCAUAACAAAAGUAACGACUUUUUCGAUAAACUAUACCGAAGCUCGAUGUUCGAUAGUGUGAAUGGUUCCCACUACUAUAGUAGACCUCCGAGUGAUAUCGAAGCUACCGGUUAUGCGCUGUUAUCAUUUAUUCUGAACGAAAAACUCAUCCAAGCGACGUCGAUUAUGAGAUGGUUACAGCAGCAACAAUAUACGUCUGCAGGAGCGCAAUCGUUUGUUGGCCUGGAAGCGUUAACCAAGCUGGCUGCACAUGAGAAUCCGCAGAAAAACGAUCUUCGAGUCGUUCUGAGUCACCACAAUCGUAGGAUGAAGGUGAUCGAUAUGGACCAGAAUAACGCGCAGAAAACGGAAAUGACUAUACCGAGCAACAUUCGUAUGCUCGAUGUCCAAAUCGAGGGAAUUGGCAGAUGUGUGUUGCAGCUCAUCUAUCAAUACUGUCUGGAUGCUCAGAAAACCAAAAGUAACUACAUGAUAGACGCGACAGUACUCAACAGUAGUACCCACUACGAGCAACACUUGAAGGUUUGCGUCCGGUAUACCGGAAGGGACACUACCCCGUCUACCGAACCGGUAUUCGUCGAAGUGUUUUUUCCGAGUGGGUUCAUUGCCGACGAAGAAGGCAUCAAAGAUCUUUCUACAGCUGGUAAAAUUAGGCAAACAGACAUUCGCUUCGGGGCCUCGUCGGUAGUAGUUUUUUACGACAGUAUGGGCUAUGAGAACAAUUGCUUCCAGAUCACCUCGUACCGGAGAUUCAAAGCUGCAAUGCAUCGUCCGGCGUACGUCGUGGUAUCCGAUACACGUGAUUCAGGGCGUAUGGCUGUCAAAUCGUAUGAGGGUACGAUCGAGCAGAAGUGUGACAUUUGUCUGGACCAGAAGUGUACUGCAACGACCUGUUAGGGUUUAUUUCAAGCUGACGGGAUGCCAAAAUAAAACAGGAACACGCGAGAUAUUAAGUUAGGUUUGUUAUUUAUUUCAGAGACUUAGAGUGGAAAUAUACAAUCCGGUUGAAGUUCUUACUGUGAAUCGCAGGUAAGAACGUUCCACAACGUAUGUUGUAACCAUUAUUUGCGAGUUGCACGAGUUUAUUGUAUUGAUAACGUACCUGUAACAUGUGCGCUCACGAUUUUAAAAUAAUAGGUAUAUCAAAAAUGAAGCGACAAAUGUGCUAUUUUAGACUGAAAAAAAAUCGUUUUAAUAAAAAAGCAUUGUUAUUUUUU